GUAAGAGUAAAAAAAUAAAAAAUGGAACGUGCUGGAUUCAUUUCAUCAUCCAUCCAUCUAUGCAGUCGCUUGUCGCAUGGCGGUGGCAGUGAGGGAGCUCAAUUGGUGGACGGGAAGGAAUCAGUUCAGAAAGGGACAACCGAAAAAUCCCAAAAAAGUACCGAAGAAAAGUCGAGCCGUCGGAGAUUCUCCUCGGAAGUAGCGAAGCUGCGAAAGGAAGCGACUUUUUCCACCAUCGUCUCCGCUACACGAAACAACGGGAGCACUGAGCAGCUAGAAUCCACCGUCCGCCGCCGCCACCGCCACCUGCCGAGGGGAUGCGGAGAGAACGAUCGUCGAUUCGGCCGCCAUCACCUUCGAUGUCCAAGAAUCCUAUGGUCGCUCGUUAGUUGACAUCCUCCGUUGUUGAGAGAAUCAUAACAAACAGGGAGUAGGUCAAACAUCGAAGAAGGCUUGCAGCAGGGAUUAGAUUGGAGGGAAAAAAAGAUUUCAAUGGGGUGCUUUCACUCCAAAACCUUCCUGUCUCCCGAUAGUAAGCAGCAGAAACCGCUUCCACUUCCAGAAGACCCGAAGCAACUCGCUACUAAUCCCGACCCAUCCAUCCCCGGUGAUCAACUUGACAUCCCACUAUUCCGUGAGUUCCCUCUCAAUGAGCUUCGUGCUGCCGCCAAUGGGUUCAACUCCGCAUUCAUCGUCUCUGAGAGCGGUGAAAAGGCUCCCAAUGUUGUGUAUCGAGGCAAGCUCAAAGACAAUCGCCUUGUUGCAAUCAAGCGCUUCUCCAACCUUUCCUGGCCAGAUCCCCAGCAGUUCCUGAGUGAAGCUUCUAUGGUUGGGAAAGUACGGCAUAAGAGAUUGGUUAACUUAAUUGGGUGUUGUGCUGAGGGUGAUGAACGUUUGCUGGUUGCUGAGUACAUGCCUAAUGAUACCCUUUCCAAGCACCUCUUCCAUUGGGAAAAACAGCCAUUGCCCUGGGAAAUGCGUGUCAGAAUUGCCUACUACAUUGCUCAAGUGCUGGAUCAUUGUGAUACUCAGGACCGCAAAAUCUACCACGAUUUGAAUGCCUAUAGAGUUCUUUUUGAUGAGGAAGGUGAUCCUCGGUUGUCUAGUUUUGGCUUCAUGAAAAAUAGCAGAGAUGGGAAGAGUUACAGCACAAACUUGGCCUAUACCCCACCUGAAUUUUUGAGGACAGGUAGGGUCAUCCCUGAAAGUGUAAUAUACAGCUUCGGAACUGUUCUGCUGGACCUUUUGAGCGGGAAACAUAUUCCUCCAAGCCAUGCACUGGAUUUAAUCAAGGGGGAAAAUUUGUUGUUGUUGAUGGAUUCGUCCUUGGAGGGACAGUAUGCAAAUGAAGAUGCAGCUGUGUUGGUUGAACUGGCCUCUAAGUGUUUACAGUAUGAGGCUAAGGAUCGGCCCGCUGUCAAGUACCUUCUUACUGCAGUAGAACCGCUCCAGAAGCAGAAAGAGGUUUCAUCUCAUUCGCUGAUGGGACUAUCAAAAACUCCGGUACCACUUCCAACUUUGCUUUCACCACUGGGGAAGGCUUGUGUAAGGAUGGAUCUCUCCGCAGUGCACGAGGUCUUUCUUAAAACAGGAUAUAGAGAUGAAGAAGGAGCGGAAAAUGAGCUUUCGUUUCAAGAAUGGACCCAGCAAGUGCAAGACAUGCUGAACACUAAGAAGUUUGGUGAUAUUGCUUUCAGAGACAAGGAUUUUAAUACUGCUAUCGAUAACUACACAAAGCUGGUGUCGUUGAUGUCGGUUCCUUCAGGAACCGUGUUUGUGAGGCGAGCAUUGUCCUACUUAAUGGUAGGACAAGCAGAACUCGCGCUGAGAGAUGCAAUGCAGGCACAAGUCUGCUUGCCCGAGUGGCCAACAGCGUUUUACAUGCAAGCGCUCGCUCUGUCAAAGCUCGGAAUGGAGAGCGAUGCUCAGGACAUGCUGAACGAUGGAGCCAACUUUGAAGAGAAGAAGCAAAAUAGCUGGCGCCAUCCGAGUUAAGAUCGUGGUUUCGCUAAUCGCUACUAGAGGUCUCUGCAAUGUAGGCGGCAGAAGAGAUGGGAGCAUGAGCAAGGUGUAUUUCCACAUGCUUAGGAAAGAAGGGUUCAAUCGGUUCAUUAGGUCCGGCCCUUGGCAGGGUUUAGAAGUUUUUUUUUUUGGCAGUCUACCCUGGCAUAGUGUUAGCUAGCAGCUAGCAGAAGUUCUGUUGUUGUUGUUGUCAGUCUUUUGGGUUAGUUUUUCCCGGACCACGAUUAAGAGUGUUGUACAAUCAAGAGAUCUGUGUUGAGUAGACAUCAAGUAAUGAGACGGCAGAGGAAGGUUCGACUGAUUAAUAUGAAAUUAGGGACUCCGUAAAGCUUUUGGAAAGACGAAAUAACCAACUAGUAUUGGAAGAAUUAUGAAUUUGAAGGACGUUGUCCAUUUGAUACAUUUAACCUGACAAUCUACUAUUUAUGGAACCCAAUUGCAUGAAUAGGCUGUUAGGCCGUGUUUGAAUAGGUGUAUUUCAAAUCUAUUGUUUGGAUGCUAAUUUGUAAUUGUUCAUAUUUCAAAUAUGGUGGAAUAUUUUGUCACAUAUUACAAUUGUGGAAAAUUAAAUUUUGGUAUCAAAUUUUACCUUUUUAACAAUUUAGUAUAUAGACUUCAAUUUUUUAACAAAGAUAUCCAAAUUUU